UGUUGUUAUGUGUGGCUGAGUAACAUCUACCAUUAGUAUUUUACUAGUUAUCUGAUGCUUGUAGUUGUUAAACUUUACAAUGGAUGUACACAGUUGAAAAUGGAAAUGAAGACAGAAAACUAUUGUUUAACAGAGUUGGUAAAUUUGAAUUGAUUCACUUCAUGCUUUAGCUGGACACCACAUUUUUCUAUCUUUCUCCAUCCUUUCAACUUUAACAUUGUUGCUGUUGAUUGUUGAGAGAUCCUUAUGCAGCAUAAAAAUAAAGAUCUAUGAAGAGAUACUAGUUUAGGAUAUGGAUUAAUAGUUUGUUGCAAAUAGAAAUCAUUUGUCUGAUGUGCAUGUUCAAUUUGAAUGUUCCUCAUUGCCACUGACUGUGGACUUCCAUCAGAUUUCAUGGAAGAUGGAGUAGGGAGUAGUGGAGUAACAUACAGAGAUAAGCAACCCUGGGUUGCGUCUUUUCAACCUCAUUGGCAACACGGAGGAUGGGAGCUAUCUCCACAAGAGAGGAGGGUACCACCUCACUGUCGAAUAUUGACUCCCCGAGUUUCCCCGCCGUCUGUGUCCGCAUGAUCCGCCUCUGUGGCGCCUCUGAGGAGGGCCCCGCCCCUCGAGACGAUAUCCUACUCCUCUGAUCUCCUCUCCUAUUUUCUCUUCUUCACUUCACAAACAAUGAGCCUAUAGAUUCCAGCAGAAUCUGCAGUGCAGAGGACAGUGUGUGAGAAACUUAACUGAAAUGACAUUGAAUGCUUGUGGAAAAGACAAGAGCUGGAUGGUUACCUUAUGAAGCACAAGAGAGAAACCCUAGAAGAGCAAAACACACAGAAGAAGAGAGAAUGUGCCGUGUGGGUGAGGAUGGGGAUUCAAAGAGAGCAAGCUAAAGCUACUUCGAAGCAAAGGAAAAGGGGAAAAAGAAACUACAUCACACACACAGCUUUAUAUUAUAGUAAAAAAAAGUUUUUCAAAUAAACAGGGGAGAUGUAAAUUUGAAGGCCCAGGUUUCAAUUGCCUUAACUUUUCCCACCUUUGAGAAAAUCAGUUUUCAGAAGCUUGUCUUUGGACAAGGCUCUUCUAUUAUUCUAGCUUUUUGAGUCGUCUUUGAAUUUGAAUCAUGACGGUGAUCUACUGAAGCUGCUGGGCACUCUCUUGUCUCAGUUGUUGUGGACCAUAUAUUUAUUUGCAUCAAAGAUUCUGAGUUCCAGCUUGAACUAUUAAUGCAGUCCCUUUUUUUCUCUUGGGCAAGUCUUUCGGAGGGAGAAAAUGACAGUAGUUUGACCAAGAUUACCAUUGCAGGUCUAUGUUUAAGUGACAAGUUUUCACACCUGCCAUGUACGUUAGUGCAGCCAUCUAUGCAUUCUGUUAAAAGAGAGUAUUUUCAUGUGCCAGAAUUUGCUAGAAGCUUUUGCCAUCCAAUAUAUCCACUUGGAGAACAGCAGUGGCAAUUGAUUGAGGGAACUCCUCUAAUCUGCCUCCAUUCCCUUCAGAUUGUGCCUUCUCCACUUCCACCAUUUUUUGCUUCUCAAACUGUUAUUAACUGUCAGCCUCUUAUGUGGACUGGAUCUUAUGGUUCCUUUGGACAAGGCCCAGUUGGAUAUUUCUAAAAGCAACUAAGAAUCGUCAAACCUCCUUUGCUGGUGCAAGGAUUCACCCACAAUGAAACUAAGAAUACUGAAACUGGAUAAGGAUCCUGCUUGUUUCUGUCUUUAGGAAGGUCAACCAAUUGAUGCUAGCCAGAGAAAGUGGAGUGCCAAAGCAGCCCAGAUUACUUUAUCUCUGGAAGCAUGUACUGGCCCACCUGCACUUCACAAUUCUCUUGCAGCCCUGAUUACUUUAAUAAAUUUCUGUUUCUGUCUUUUUACGUGUAUUUUGGGAGAGUUGGUGAGAAAAUAGCAGUGGCUGGAAAAAGUAAACAACUGGAGGGAAUUAAGAGCAAAUCUUCUAGCGAAAAGUUAAUGGACAUAACUCCUAGUGACAGUGCUGCAAGUUUGGCAGUUAAAGACCCUUCAACUUCGAUUUCUUGAGUCUUCACCAUUGAAUGUCGAGGGAAUGCCUCUAGUUUAGUUUGUUGGAAAUGAUUUGUUCAUUAGUGCCACUCAUAGAACCUUUGGUCCACCGCACGCUGGGAGUGUUCAGAUAGAUUGCGUAGAUGCUGAGAAGCACAUAGCAGGAGAGAAUGGCUCAUUCUUAAGUUCUGGAGAAAAUAUUCCUUCAAGCAGUGAUAAUGGAAACCGUCAACUGAGAACUGUAUUGAACAUUCCGUCGCCAGAAGGUAUUAAAGAAUUAUGAGUGAUCUAGAGUCUAAAGUGGUGAUAGUUGGGAAAAUAAGGUGCCUUCAGUUUUCAUCUUCUUUCUUUAGAUGAAAAACAGAACUUCAACUAUAAUGGGGGAUCAGAGUUCCAAUUAUGUGUAAGACAUGGUCAUGGAUGUUAAGCUUUCAUCCCUUGUAGCGCAGUAACCACUUUUUCAAGCUGAAACUGAAAAAGUAAUCAUAUGGGGUUGGUUUAACCAUGGAAACUUGGGAUACAUGAGAACUCAAUCAAACCAUUCUGAAUCUGACGCAAGCUAAGCAUGGACAAUAUCAGCAUGAUGUGAUGUAACUAAAUUAACAAGAAAUGCACCAUCCUUCUGACGAGCAUUUCCUAACCAAUACAUAAAAAUUAUCUUAGAAAGAGAAAUCAAGCCUCUUGUUUUUCUUUCUUUUUUGUUACUUUCUUUUCCUUCUUAUUUUAUACUUAUAUACAUGAACAAAUUUGAUGUGACUGUCUCUAAAAA